CAGCUGCCCAGAUUGCCCUGAUGAGAGUGCAUAAAAAGGUGAGCGGAGCCACAUGCUUGGCCUCCCUUUCAAUAACUGCUGUAUUCCUCUUUCCGGUUUCUCAGGUCAUUAAGCUCGUUUCCGGUCUUUUUCUCUGCGGCUCUCAGAGCUGAAAGGCUGCAGUCACAGCACCAGAGGCGCGUGAGGUCAGUCAAUGCUUUUAUCUGUACGUUGUUUGUGAUGGUGCUCAGGUGAUGUGUGUGUGUGUGUGUGUGUGUGUGUGUGUGUGUGCGCGCGCGCGCGCGCUUCACACUGGGCGGUGGCACUGUGGACUGUUGUGCAUUUUGAUUCUGCACACUUUUUUUUUUUUUUUGCUUAGUCAGAGGCACAGAAAGUUCCUGUGUCCCCCGCACACACUCCUAACUGUCCUGCAUGAAUGAGCGAGCAAGCUCUGGUUUAACACGCAUGAUGUGUGGAUAAAAGGUUGCAUUAUUUCUCAAUAGCUGUUUGUCUGUGUGCCAUUAUUUAUGCACAGUCUGGGUUUUCAUUAAGUGUGCUGUCACUGAGGAGCGAUAGUACACAAGUUCAAACCGGACAGGCUGGAGAGCCCUGAGAGCUUUUCGAGGUCUGCCUGACUUUGUUUUGUUUUGGUUUUUAAGAAGUUCCUCUUGCAUGCAGCACGAUCCAUCAUCACGUCUCCUCUUCCUCCUCCUCCUCCUCCUCUUCCUCCUUCUGCUUUUCAGAGAGACGAGCACCAUGGUUCAGCUGUUCCCGAAUCAAGCCUCGGACGCCACGGCGCUCGCGGAGUCGGUGGAGGACAGGGACGCCGGGCCGGAUGUCGGCCCGAGCACUCCCUCUCCUCCUCACGCUUUCACGUCCCUGCAGCUCGCCCUGAAUCCCUCGGCCAGCGUCUACCACGGGUACGAGACCUACAUCGAGGACGGGCUCAUCUGCCUCCGGCACAAGAUCCGCAACAUUGAGAAAAAGAAGCUCAAGCUGGAAGGCUACCAAACGCGGCUAAAGAACGGGGACACGCUGAAUCCAGACCAAAUGGAUGCGGUAGGGAGGUACGAAGAAGUGGUUCACAAUCUGAAGUUUGCCCGAGAGUUGCAGACGACCCUUUGUGCCCUCACUCAGGAUCUGUUGAAGGCCCAGAGGAUCGCUAUGCGGAACGAGCAGGUUCAGAGGGCGGAGACCGAGCAGAGGCGUCUGAGUAUGAUGCUGCAGGUGCAGUAUGUCCUCCGCAGUCUCCAGAGAGACGACGUCAGGAAAACCUUGGACGCGUGCGAGCGCGCUCGCUACGUGACGACGCAGGAAGUGGAGAAGCUGCUGAACCUGGCUUCGUCGUUGGCUUACAAGAGGGACGAGCGCGUGAGUUUAGCGGCUCAGAUGGAACAGGCCUCUAUUGUUUACCAGGACCUACUGGAUGGCACAGACAAACCAGUUGCUGGCUCGACAUAUAAAUCCCUGAAGGAGAAGCUGCUCAGACUGGUGGACUCGGGUUUGUUCGAUCACAUCCCAGAGCCUAAAAAAGAUCCGAAGAAGGACGACGAGGAACAAAAACCCGAUGCUUCAUCUACACCGAGCGCCUUACCCGCGGCGGUCAGUUUGAAAUCCAUCGACGUUGUGGCUUCAAGGCAGUUUUUAAACAGACACUACAAGACGGCGCGCGACCUCGCCGGGCCCGGGCAGGGCGCGGAGACGACGGUGCAGCCACCGAACUGGAAGGCAGACUUCUUGGCCCUGAAGGAACAGGAACCACCGGACUCUUGGGAUAUGGAGUUUUCCGAUCCGCCAGCGUCCUCCAAAAUGACCUUACCGAAGCCUUGGAAAGGAGCAGCGGGAUUCAUCCCCAAAACCAUGGUCACUAUGAAGUCUGCUGUGGAGACCAAACAGAAAAGUCCGAGGAAAAAUAAAGGAAGCCAGGGCUCCAGAUCUGAUGGUGAGGUUAAGAAGCCUGUACCUGUGGAGGUGUUUAACUCUCCGUCCUCUCUGGCUAAAGAUCCGGCCUUGCGCAGACAACAGCUGGAUCACCUGAUGGACCAGAUCACGGGCUCCUUCAGCUUUAUUCAGGACUCCUUACUGGACGGAGAAGCUGUGCCCGGUAAUGACCGAUCCAGGGGUCUGCGCCUGGCUCCUGUCUCCGCUCCUCUGGCUCAGAGAGAACAGAAAAUCCCAGCUGACGUCCUGCCUCCAUCGCAGAAUUCGACUCCUCCUCUUCAUGGCCAGUCUUCUGGAGACACCCCAAGCCCUCUGGCCAACGGGGGCCAGGUCACGAACACCUCCGACCUGAAGCUGCACGUUGAAGACGGACCGCGUGCCAAGCAAGACGAGGGCUUCACCUCUCCACCUCUCUACUGCAGAGAGCCCAGCACCUCUGUACCUCGUGAGAACAAGACCUCUAAACAGGCAGGAAAGCAGCCGCUUUCUAACGGAGACGUUCCCUCGACUGUUCUGGCGCAGACCUUCAGCACGCCCCCCAGCAGACGCUCGCUACCUGCGACCAGCACCGCGUCCUUCAGCAGCCUGCACUCUGUGUUCAGUAGCGAGGUUCCUAUGACCCGGAGCUCGGAGCCGAAGACCGACGAAAGUGGAUUUUUAGGAUCCGUGUGUCUGAGCUACAGCGCGGCGAGCACGCUGAGCCACUCCACUGCGAGCACACAGACGCCACCUGAGCUCAGCCUGCCCCAAGACGACCUGCUGAUGGAGAGCGCAUACCUGUCAGAAAGUGAUAUCAGUGCUACCAGUCAGGUUUAUUCAUCUCCUGGUCCAAAUUCUGCUCCUCAGUCUAGUCUGGUCCAGCAUUAUUACCCCCGCAGUACACUCAGAGGUAUGACACACGGUGCAAGAGGACUCUCUCUCUCCUCACUCCGCUCACCCAGGGCUUCCAGAGGUGGCUAUGAGGUGCACAGAGUAAACGUACACGCCCCAGGAGGAGGCUUCGGUGCCCAGAGCCACCGUGAGCCUGGAUCCGUUCUUUAUGCCUCACAGGAAAACGGGUACCAGUCGAGUCAUAAACGUGCCGGAGGGACGGCGGCUCGGAGGAGCAGCUCAGUUGCAGGCUGGAGCGACUCGUCCCAGGUGAGCAGCCCGGACCGGGAGGGCACGUAUGUAAUAGACUCGGCUCACGGUGACUCUCUCAACAUCACGCCGUCUGGGAUGCCCAUGACUGGCCCUCCUCCUCCUCACACCAUGAUGCCCGUAUACUCGCAGCUUCGUGUGGCCUUUUCAGCUGCCCGUGCGACGAACCUGGCGCCCGGCACUCUGGACCAGCCCAUUGCCUUCGACCUGCUCCACAGUAAUCUAGGUGGCGCGUUUGAUGCCCCCUCUGGCCACUUUUCCUGCCCGGCUGCAGGCACGUACGUCUUCUUUUUCCACAUCCUUAAGCUGGCCAUCAGCGUGCCGCUUUAUAUCAACAUGAUGCGCAACGAUGAGGUGGUGGCUUCGGCGUACGCCAAUGACGGUGCGCCUGACCACGAGACGGCCAGCAACCACGCCCUGCUGCCUCUGCGUGUCGGCGAUCAUAUCUGGCUGCGCCUCCACCGCGGCGCCAUCUAUGGAAGCAGCUGGAAGUACAGCACCUUUUCAGGCUUCUUGCUGUACCCAGAUUAAGUCUUCUAGAAAGCUCUCCUACAGGCACGUACACUGGGAUGCUGCUUUGGAUCUGUUGUCCUGCCUGCUAAAUCACUCAUUGCACUUUAUUAUCCCCCCUCAUCCUUUUUGCACACUAGCAUUACGUGGAUGUAGCAACAUUGUCAGCUAAUUCCAAGGAAGUUGAAGUCGGUUGGGAUUUUCCAAUUUGCAGAUGCCCUUAAUUUAUAUGCUGGCGCUUUUUUUUUUUUUUUUCUUUUUUUCUUUCUUCUCCUCCUCUCCCCUUCUUUCCCUCCUUCCUCUCGAGCCAUACAUGUGAAGCCAUGUCUGCUACUUGUGCCUUUUCUUUCUGGUUACUGAGCACUUUAAAUCGCAUGUAUGAAUGACGAAUGUCGUUUACCUGAACACUGGACAUGUUGAGCACUUUACAAGGCUGCUGUGUGUGUGUGUGUGUGUGUGUGUGGAUGACUUGAGAUGCUGAUCAGACAAACAAACCAAAUGAUCCCUCUUUGUGCCUCAAUAAAAGAUGAUGUGCAGAAUCUCUCCGUUUCCGGUCUUUCUUUCGCAGCUCCUCUCGUCGCCUCCCGUCAAAGCGGACGGUGCAGCCGUGGAACCGGGUCUCAAAUUCGGAGUCUCCUAGGCUUUGCGUGAAAAGGCUCAGAUUACGCGGGUUUGUUCUGAAAGCCAUAAAAUGUUGGGUGUCAACGCCGAAUAGCUACUGUAUGAACUGCAAUGAGGCUCGUUUAUCGAUUUAGGUGUGUAUUUAGUUCUUUAAAAAACAAAAAAAAACGU